AUGGACGAUGCCUCCCAUAUGCCUGUGGCAGCCAUAGACGACGCCUCCGAUGUGCCUGUGGCAGCCAUGGACGGCACCUCCGAUAGGCUAACAGUAACAAAUGGUUUGUCAUAUGUUCGUGAUGUUGAUUCAAGUUCAAAGCCUGUGAUUGGGAUGACAUUUGAUAGCAUUGAGGAUGUGCAAAAUUUUUACAAAGACUAUGCGCAUGAUGCUGGCUUUUCGAUUCGUAUUGGUCAGCAAAGAAAAGAGAAUGAGGAAAUAAUAGCGAAGUAUUUUUAUUGCUCAAGGGAAGGCUAUAGGAAGGAGAGGAAAACAAAAAUUGUUGAUCAAGCUGGAAAAAAGAGGAAGCCACCUAGUGUGCUGGAAACAAGGUGUGGGUGUCAGGCACAUAUUUAUGUCAAGCUUGGUACUGACAAGAAGUACCGGAUAACUUCCAUGGUUGAGCAUCAUAAUCAUGGUCUUGUUUCCCCAAAUAAGAGGCAUUUGCUUAGAUCGAACCGCCAUGUUAAUGAGAGGGUCAAGAGUACAUUGUUCAGCUGUCAUAAAGCUAGCAUUGGAACCUCACAGGCAUAUCGACUUCUCCAUGUGAGUGAGGGUGGAUUUCAGAAUGUUGGGUGCACAUUGAGGGAUUUGAAGAACUAUUACCGUGACCUUAGGUCACGAAUCAAGGAUGCGGAUGCGCAGAUGUUUGUGGCUCAACUUGAAAGAAAAAAGGAAGUGAAUUCUGCUUUUUUUUAUGAGUUUGAGGUGGAUGCGCAAGGAAGGCUGAUGCGUGUGUUUUGGGUGGAUCCAACGAGUAGAAAAAAUUAUAAGCAUUUUGGUGAUGUGGUAUCUCUGGAUUCGACAUAUACCACCAACCAAUACAACAUGAUUUUUGUACCGAUCACUGGAGUCAAUCAUCACUUGCAAAGUAUUUUUGUAGGAGCAGCUUUCUUGUCGAAUGAAAAGAUCGAGUCAUAUGUGUGGUUGUUUGAGACUUUCCUCAAAGCCAUGGGUGGAGUGCCACCUCAUCUAAUCAUAACAGAUGAAGAUGCGAGCAUGAAGGCCGCUAUUAGUAAGAUUCUACCAGAUACAACCCACAGACUUUGCAUGUGGCAUAUCAUGGACAAAGUACCUGAGAAGGUCAGCCCAUCUUUGACAGAGGACCGCGAAUUCUGGGAUAGAUUGAACUCGUGUGUUUGGGGAUCUGAAACUCCGGAGGAGUUUGAGAGUAGUUGGCCUUCUUUUAUCAAUGAUUUUCAAUUCACUGGAAAUGAGUGGUUCUCCACAAGUAUUGCUGAUCUCGAUUUCAGAGUGGCGCUCUGCGUGCUUGCUGAUAUCAAGUUGGCGUAG